AUUCAAGGUUAAUUACAACUACCAGUAGACCUAGGAUUAUAUUAUUCUAGAAAAAUCUAAUCUCUGUAAUUAACUCAUGUGACAGCUUCUUGACUAGAAACGCCUUGAGAUUUACCAGCAGUUUUAUUAUUUGAAAUUUUUGAAUUAUAUAAAAAUGGCAGUAGCUAGAGCUUUGCAUUAUGUAUUUAAAAUACCAGAUCGUAAAUUAACUGUCAAAUUUUAUCGUGAGAUUCUUGGUAUGAAGGUAUUGCGACAUGAAGAAUUUUCUGAAGGAUGCGAUGCUGCAUGUAAUGGACCUUACGAUAAUCGUUGGAGCAAGACAAUGAUCGGUUAUGGUCCAGAAGACUCGCACUUUGUUAUUGAAUUGACUUAUAAUUAUGGAAUAAAUAAUUAUGAAUUUGGUAAUGACUUUCAAGGCAUUACUAUAAAAUCAAAAGACGUUAUCGAACGAGCUAAGAAACUUAACUGGCCUAUAGAAGAAGAAAGUGGACUUUCUGUUCUUAAAGCACCUGGUGGUUACAAGUAUUUUAUUAUCAACGAAUCACAGGUUGCUGACAAAGAUCCAGUUGUCAAAGUAACUUUGUCAAGUUCAAAUCUCCAACGCACAAUUUCUUAUUGGAAAGAUAUUUUGAACAUGAAAAUUUACGAACAAAGUGAUAAUCACGUUGUCUUUGGUUACGAUGAUCAUCAAGCGAAACUGGAAUUUAAAUAUAUUGGAACAAAAGUAGACCAUGGGAAAGCUUACGGCAGAAUAGCAUUUUCCGUUCCCUAUGACAGCCAACCGGGAAUUCAAAAAAAAAUACGGGAAAAUGGUCAUAAAAUAUUGACAGAUUUAAUAACGUUGGACACUCCAGGAAAAGCUUCAGUCCGGGUUAUUAUUCUCGCUGAUCCUGAUGAACAUGAAAUUUGUUUUGUUGACGACGAAGGAUUUCGUAAGCUCUCCGUUCCAGAUUAUCCAAGCGAAGCGAUUUUGGACAGAUUCAUUGCUAAAGAAUCAUCAUAAAAUAUUUUUGUUACUUAAUUUAAAGUUUAUAUUUUGUUAUGGGUUUUGGGAUAAUAUAAUCACAAUGUAAUUAAUAAAAUUUAUAAUAAACAGAUAAAAAAAA